ACCCUAAACUCCCCCUUUCCAACAUCUGACUAUCUCCUCCAUUUCUCGUUUCUUCUCCACAAAAUCCUGUGUGUCGGGACACAUACCACCAUUAAAAGCCUUGAAAUUCUCUUGAUUAGGAGGUUGCUAGGUACCUUCCCACAAUCUUAGGGUUUCUGGUUCUAGGGCAAAACCUGUAUUUCCUUAAUUCAGUGCUUUGAAAUGCAUGUUUUGCAGUAAUUUUCCAUUGUUUUGUCUUGUUGAGUUACAGGUACGAACUGCAAAGACCCGAUCUUGGAACUUCUGGUGACUUCUGGUGACUUGGGAAUGGCAGAUCCUUUCGAGGAGGAAGGUGAGCAGACGGUGUCAAUCAACGAGUAUCUCGAGAGCAUCGAAGAAAAGGAGCUGGAAGCUGAUCUGGUUUUGGGUGGAGAUGAGGGUGAUGAGUGUACCUAUGCUAAGGGUUACAUGAAGAGACAGGCAAUUUUCUCAUGUCUGACAUGCACCCCCAAUGGUAAUGCUGGAAUUUGCACUGCUUGCUGCUUAUCUUGCCAUGAUGGCCAUGAGAAGGUUCUGGAGCUCUGGACCAAGAGGAAUUUCAGGUGUGACUGUGGGAAUUCAAAAUUUGGCCAGUUCUCAUGCAAGCUAUUCCCAAAUAAGGAUGCAGAGAAUAUUGAGAAUUCUUAUAAUCACAACUUUAAAGGUUUAUACUGUACGUGCAGUCGUCCUUAUCCUGAUCCCGAACUUGAGGAACAAGAAGAGAUGAUACAAUGCUGUAUGUGUGAAGAUUGGUUUCAUGAGAAGCACAUCAGUCUGAACUCUCCCAAUGAGAUACCCAGGGAUGAGGAAGGAGAGCCUCUAUAUGAGGAUUUCAUAUGCAAGACUUGCUCAGUGGUUUGUUCUUUUCUGAUGCUAUAUCCUUCAACCAUAUGGGCAGUGGGGGGCCACACUGCUGCUCCUAUCACUACUGGUAAGGAUAAAGCUGUUUUAGAAGACACCAGUCAAGAUAGUGGAUUCACAAAGCCUGAUGGUGAUCCAUCGCUCAAGAGGAAUGAUUUGGCAGCUGAUGGUAACAGUGAAUUUGUACCUGGUAGUGCAAAAACUGUUAUUGGAGAAAGUUCUCAGAAGCACAACAACCCAAGUCAGUGCACAAAUCAUGCAAGUUCAUCGGUUAGUUGUGUUCUUGGAGUGGAUCCAGUUGCUGCAGCUUCUAGUUCAGAUGCCAAACCCCUUUUUCUUUCCAAGAACUGGAGAGAUAAACUCUGCAGAUGUCAGAAAUGCUUGGAUAUGUACAAGCAGAAGAAUAUCAGUUACCUGCUUGACAAGGAGGACUCUAUUGCAGAGUAUGAGACAAGGGCAAAACAAAAGAGAGAAGAGAAUCUACAGCAACGGGAGGGAGCUGCACUAAAUUUCUUCAACAAUCUUGGUCAUGUAGAAAAAAUUGAAAUCCUGAAUGGCAUUGCAGACUUUAAAGAUGAGUUCCUUUCCUUUCUGGCAUCGGUUGAUCCAUCGAAGGCAAUCACAGCUGCUGAUGUGCACCAGAUUUUUGAGAACCUUAAAAACAAGCGCAGGCGUGUGAACUGACUCUACCUUCAGAAAACUUUGUUUUUCCUGGCCCUAAAAGAACGUUGUGAUAGUUAACUUAUCUAACAAUAUUUCUUUCUGUGUUAUGUAUCGAAUGAAUUAGAAAGACUGGGAUUUCCCUUGUCGGAUGAAUUGCAUGGUAUCAAGGUGGCAAUGACUUCUUAGAGGCUUUGUUAAAUUUAAUUGUGAUGCUGGAUGGGGAUCAUGUUGGCCUAGCUUGAUUGCUAAGGAUCACUGCAGGAAGGUAGUUUCUGGUUUUGCUUUUAAUAAAUCUGUUGGAGAAUCUAUAGCUGUCUUGAGAGCUUUGCUCGCGCCAUCAGUGGAAAAGCAAAAGCACUUAAUGCAACGAUGCAAGUCAUUCCCAAUUCGCUACAGGUACGUAUAUACUGACUUGAUCUGUGUCUUAUAUAUGAUCAUCUACCAUAGGAAUGUUUGAACUUGAUUUAAUUAAAUACAGCAAUGCUUUUUUA